UCAAAAGAAAACUUCAAAUAAUAAGCUCAAAAGUAAGAAACAGCAACAAGCAAGCUGAGAGUAUUUCUGCAUUAUUGUUCUCUUUAUGAUUCUUUGGGUGUUUUUUGAAGUCUGAGAGAAUCUGCAGUUUUCAAUCCAACUGACUGGAGUCAGGAGGCUCAGUAAAAUUGGAUACAUGAACCGCAGCAGCUGCAACAGUACAUUUCAAAAGGAACUGUUACCUCCCAUCUACGGUGUGGAGAUGUUUGUGGCAUUGAUGGGGAACAUACUGGCGCUGUGGCUGCUUGUGACAAAAGAGAAGAAAAACUGGCACACAGGAGUGGUGUUCUCGUGCAACCUGGUCAUCAGUGACAUCCUUUAUGCGCUCACUCUCCCACUUCUUAUUGUCUACUAUUCAAAAGGAUUGAAGUGGGAAUUUGGUGCUGCUGUCUGCAAAAUAGAGCGCUUCCUCUUCACUUCCAACCUCUAUGCGAGCAUUUACUUCAUCAUGUGCAUAAGUGUCACUCGAUACCUAGCCAUCGUUCAUCCCUUUUACACACAUGAGCACAUUCACUUAAAACACACCAAGAUCAUCAGUGUGUUUGUCUGGAUUUCUGUAGCAAUCAUUUCAUCUCCGAUCCUCUACUAUUCAGGUGUCCAGAGUGACAGAUGUUCCUUAUUUUCAGAACCAGGCCAGGAAUCUAAAAAGGUUAUCGCUCGGGUGUUUAUGGCUGUUAUAGGCUGCUUAGUCCCAUUUGUGGUUACUUUUGCAUCCUAUUUUGGUGUAAUGGUGGCUCUUUCUAAAAACGUCAAUAUCACCUCACUGGACAAGAAAAAAGUGUCUCUGACUGUGGCAUUAAUUUGCAUCCUGUACAUUGUGUCUUUUGUCCCUUAUCACAUUCUGCAAAUAUGGUACUUUAAAAUUAAGGAAGAAGGAAAUAUUAAUUAUUAUGUGUGUAAUGGAUACCCGGCAUCAAAGGCCCUAGCCUGCCUGAACAUGUGCCUACAUCCCAUCCUGUACAUGGCAAUGCUUGACAGCAUCACAUGCUGUAGAAGGAGCCUGAACGAAUACUUAUGAAUAUUUUUAACCAACAGUCCUAAAACAACUGCACUCUGUACGGCUCAGAUUUGCAAUAGCUUACUUUGGUAUGUUUUGGAAAAUGUAGUAAAAUUGUGCAUGAUUAAAUGAGAACAUUUCCUGUUUCAUGACGCUUAGACCCUAAACGUGAACUAGUCAUUUUGAUUUCUCAUAAUAUGUCACAGCAAAAUGAGUAAAAUGAUAAAUGUCAGAAAAUAGCAUUUAGUGAUAUUUAGUGAUAUUUAGUAAAACUGAUGUCAAUGAUUCAGUUUGUGGGUGGUAUGGUGGCGCAGUGGGGAGCAUUUCCAAUACGGUGAUAUAUGUAUU